CUAAUUUUAGGUAAAGGGUGGACAACAAUAGGCGCAUUUUGAUAAGAUUAAUUGGUCAGCCACAAGCUGAAACAUGUGACUCGAGGCUUUUUGCUGACGUGUCCGACACCCGGCAUUGCUGCAACCUUAAUCGGACAAUGUUGAACUUUGAAGCUUUUUGGACGCGCCUCUCACUGUGCCAAGACUUGCUCUAUAGAGACUGAGCUAGACGACAGACUUGAUGGGGAAAACAUCGUGGGCGAGUCUUCCACGAAAAGACCAGCUUUUCUUACUUUUUCUUUGCCGAUUGUUUGAUUUCAUGCAAAUCGCUACUUUCCAGACUGUCUGCUAUUAUCAAUUGAAAUCCUUCGACUUGACAUUACCAGAGACGACGCUAUCAUGGCAAACUGGCAUUGCAAUUGGCGCUUUCACCGCAGCUCAGAUUUGUACGUCGGUUCUAUGGGGAUCAUGCGCGGACAAAGACUGGUGCGGUAGAAAGCCAGUGUUGCUGAUAGGUUUAUUUGGGACGGCAAUAUCCUGUUUGGGGUCGGCUUUUGCCCAGUCAUUCUACCAGAUGGUAUUAUUUAGGGUAAUUGGUGGCCUUCUCAAUGGUACAGUUGGGAUUGUCCGUACGAUGCUGUCUGAGGUUAUUGUGGAAAAACGGUUCCAAUCCCGAGCCUUCUCGUUACUCUCCUUGUCUUUCAAUGUUGCUUCAUUCUUAGGACCACUCGUGGCCGGUGCUCUGUCCGGCCCUCCAGAGGUUGACCCAACUUUGCAAAACUCAGAGUCUCGCUGGCUCCAGCGAUAUCCUUAUGCGUUACCCUCACUAGUUAGUGCAGGCACAAUGUUUGUACUUGGAGUCGUCGUGCUCAACUUCACUGAAGAGACAGCAAAACACCUGCAACCUACGGGAAGUAUGAGGGCAAAAAUACAGAGUUUGAUACGUGGGUUUGGCUGGCAACUAGGAAAGCCAUCAGGCCAAGAAUAUAGUCCCCUGAUGCAGGAAGCUUCGGAUGAUAUUGCAGAUGCCACAGAAUUUAGGGAAAUUAAUUCCCCUAUUUCUGAGGACCCGAGUUCCUCAAAUCGCCAGCCACAACGAAAGCCACAGCAAAAGUCAGUAAGUAUUUGGACGUUUAGUUUUAUUAUGACUCUUUUAUCUCAGGCUAUAUUUGAUUUCCACAUGGGAGCGUUUACUGCCCUUUGGCCGCUAUUUUUAUCCAGUCCUCGCACUCAAAUAUCAGAUGGGGGAUCCGAAACCCACGCUGGUGGUGGCCUCGGUAUGCCGAUUAUGGGUGUCGGUGUGGCAGCAAGUAUUCUAGGAGCCAUUGGCAUGGUAAUCCAAAUAUUCGUAUAUCCUCGCAUACACGACUUGAUGGGCACUGUCAAAAGCUAUCGCUACUUUAGUCUGCUAUUCCCCAUAGCAUAUUUCGCCUUCCCGUUCAUUCGAGCCAUCCGUAUUGAAACUGGAAUUUGGAUAGCUAUUAUUUUUAUCCUCUUUAUACACGUUACAGGCCGCGUGUUUGUUAUUCCAGCCACCUUGAUGGUGCUUAAUAACAGUGCACCGCAUCCUAUGUUGUUAGGGAAGGUACAUGGAAUAGGCCAGACAACAUCAGCUGCUUUCCGUACCUUGGGUCCUUUUUUCGCUGGGUAUCUGUAUGAAUUCGGGCUGCGGGUAGACUCUGUGAUAAUUCCAUGGUGGAUUAUUGCUGGGCUAGGAAUUAUGGGGUCUGCGGCGGCACAAUUUGUGAGGGAUGGUGCCGUGCCUGUGGCUGUUGUUGUUGAUCAUGAGGAAUAAGCUAGAUGGCAUUUGUGCUAUAUAUAUAAGUAUCUAGCGCUUAUACUGAUUUUCUGUAGAUAAAAUAGCAAGGAGUAAAUAUUCG